AUUCCGUACGAGGUGAAUGCGUUUUUAAAACAGCAAGAUGCAUUCGCCGGUGAAGUGUAGGCAGAGUCACAAUUGUGCAUGAUUCAUUUAAACUGAGAUGGUGACGGCCCCGUUAUAUUCGUUAUUCGUAUACACUGCUUGCAGAAUUACAGGAUAUUUCAAGUGACUUGAGCACUGAAAGGGUUUACAUCAUACUCAUCAAGAUGUUUGCUGAAUUGAACGGUAUUUUAAAUUGGAGCCUAGACAAGUUUGAAAAGGGGCAGUGCGUUCUAUUGUCUGAAAGCAAGACAGAUGGAUCCUUUCUGAUUCAUCACUUUCUCUCUUUCUUCUUGAAAGCUCAGUGCAAAGUAUGUUUCCUGGGAUUGGUGCAGUCAUUCAGCCAUUACAGUACAGUGGCCCAGAAACUGGGCAUAAAUAUGUUGCAGGCCCGAGAAAAGGGUCAGCUGGUGUUCUUUGAAGGUCUGCGUAACUCACUGGACAUGCUAUUGCCUGAAAGUGAUGCUUCUGAUGCUGAACCCCAGCCACUUAGCUUUCUUCGGUGGCCUUCUACUGACUUGCGAAAUCUGUUUGAUUUUGUCAACUCCUCUCUAUCACAGUCUGAGAAUGAUAUGUCACGGUGGGCUUCUCCAGUGCUUCUAAUCGAUGAUUUGAGUGUUCUGCUGAGUCUGGGAGUCAAUCCUACUGCAGUGCUAGACUUUAUCCAUUACUGCCGGAUGGCUGUGUGCUCUAAGCAGCAGGGUAAUAUGGUAACUCUGGUACACAAUGAGGAUGAUCUGGGAGAUGAAGAUUGUGAUCUGGUCCUCCAUGCUUUAACACACCAGAGCAGCCUGAUUUUGCAAGUUCAUGGGCUGAAUACAGGCUACUGCAGAGAUGUCCAUGGUCAGAUACAACUGAGGUGGAAGGAUAAAUUCCAAUUGAAGAGGGAUCAUACACAUGUUUUCCAGUAUAAAGUCCAUGAUAAGGGAGUGUCAUUUUUUGCUCCUGGGACCUCAAGUGCAGUUCUUUAAAAGAGAAACCACACUCAAAAUGACUUCAUUGUCAGGGGUAUAUAUGGGUCACCCGGUUUUCUCCAACAGACUCCUGAAUUACAACUUUCACCAGUAUUUUAGUACUGGAGUUUCAUUUAUUUAUUAUAAUACUUCACCACAGUUAAGCAAGAAGAAUGUCACCACCAUAUCCAGAACUUUUUUUUUUCCAUGAAGUGGGAUUCUAAUGCAAAAUAAGAGAACAACAUAUUAAUUGAAAUAUGUGCAACAAGACAGAGUUAUUUAAUGCAUUUUGUAAAAUGAUAAACUUUGACUGCUGGUAAUGUUUUUCUGCUGAUUUCUCAACUAACAUAUCUUGAUUUCUCAUAUUAUGUACAGGUCUGUUCAAAAUUACAUAAUUAUAAAGUGACAUUUUUUUCCUUCUAAACCUUUGGUACUCAGUUGGCUUCUUCUGAGGGAAGCAUCUGCCACAAAUCACCAAUAUCUUUGAAGCCUCAUAGUCAGUCUUUUAUUAUGAGAAUAGUCCAAUUAAGUAUCAAAAGAACAUUAAAAUCUUGCAGAUACAUAGUCCCUGCCAAACACACCUUCUUCAGACUCCUUCUAUGCCUCAAUCUUCCCCGCCUCUGUCCUAGUUCACCUAAUCAUUUUAUGCCUUUUGCUAAGCAUGCCCAAAUCACAUUAGUCUGUUACUCCUCAGCACAGCAGUCUUUCUCUUAACUCAACCUUCAUCUUUCUCUUAUUCUGUGACACCCCAAACAUUCAUCUGAUCAUUCUCAUGUGUGGUCUUCCUAGCAUUGCUUAAUUUGUCACUUUCCCAUAUCUCACUCCCAUGGAGCAUAACACUUCUCAUACAGCUUUAAUAAACUUUACGCUUCAGAGCCAGAGAGGUCCUUUAGCAGCCAGAAUGGUUGUUUUCAGAAUUUCCUCCAUGCUUCCCUCACUCUGGCAAUAGUUGCUACACCCGUAUCUCUGUCUGCACUACAGAUAAAAGGUUGUACUUACUUUAUAUGUCUAUCUCUUUAAUGCUCCCACUUCUGACAAUACCUCAACCACAUGCUGUAAGACCCCCUUUCUUUAAGUCCUGGGAUGCACCUGGCUGCUCUGCUGUGCAUAGCUUCAGGUGCUACUAUGUCUUUGUUGCAGUGUGAUGACCAGAACUGUACACAAUACUCCAGUUGCAGUCUCACUAGUGAUUUAUAUAUACAGUCAUAUGAAAAAGUUUGGGAACCUCUCUCAGCCUGCAUAAUAAUUUACUUUCAACAAAAAAGAUAACAGUGGUAUGUCUCAUUUCCUAGGAACAUCUAAGUACUGGGGUGUUUUCUGAACAAAGAUUUUUAGUGAAGCAGUAUUUAGUUGUAUGAAAUUAAAUCAUGUGAAAAACUGGCUGUGCAAAAAUGUGGGCACCCUUGUAAUUUUGCUGAUUUGAAUGCAUGUAACUGCUCAAUACUGAUUACUUGCAACAACAAAUUGGUUGGAUUAGCAGGUUAAGCAUUGAAUUUCAUAGACAGGUGUGUCCAAUCAUGAGAAAAUGUAUUUAAGGUGGUCAAUUGCAAGUUGUGCUUCCCUUUGACUCUCCUCUGAAGAGUGACAGCAUGGGAUCCUCAAAGCAACUCUCAAAAGAUCUGAAAACAAAGAUUGUUCGGUAUCAUGGUUUAGGGGAAGGCUACAAAAAGUUGUCUGAGAGGUUUAAACCGUCAGUUUCAACUGUAAGGAAUGUAAUCAGGAAAUGGAAGGCCACAGACACAGUUGCUGUUAAACCCAGCUCUGGCAGGCCAAGAAAAAUACAGGAGCGGCAUAUGCGCAGGAUUGUGAGAAUGGUUACAGACAACCCACCGAUCACCUCCAAAGACCUGCAAGAACAUCUUGCUGCAGAUGGUGUAUCUCUACAUUGUGCCAAUUGCACUGAAUUGUAGAAUGAAGAACAUCUGUAUGGCAGGGUGAUGAGAAAGAAGCCCUUUCUGCACUCACGCCACAAAAAGAGUCGCUUGUUGUAUGCAAAUGCUCAUUUAGACAAGCCAGAUUCAUUUUGGAACAAAGUGCUUUGGACUGAUGAGACAAAAAGUGAGUUAUUUGAUCAUAACAAAAAACACUUUGUAUGGCGGAAGAAGAACACCGCAUUCCAAGAAAAACACCUGCUACCUACUGUCAAAUUUGGUGGAGGUUCCAUCAUGCUGUGGGGCUGCGUGGAUAGUUCAGGGACUGGGGCCCUUGUUUAAAGUCAAGGGUUGGAUGAAUUCAACCCAAUAUCAACAAAUUCUUCAGGAUAAUGUUCAAGCAUCAGUCACAAAGUUGAAGUUACACAGCGGUUGGAUAUUCCAACAAGACAAUGACCCAAAACACAGUUCAAAAUCUACAAAGGCAUUCAUGCAGAGGGAGAAGUACAAUGUUCUGGAAUGGCUGUCACAGUCCCCUGACUUGAAUAUCAUCGAAAAUCUAUGGGAUGGUUUGAAGCAGGCUGUCCAUGCUCGGCGGCCAUGAAAUUUUAAUGAACUGGAGAGAUUUUGUAUGGAAGAAUGGUCAAAAAUAUCUCCAUCCAGAAUCCAGACGCUCCUCAAAGGCUAUAGGAGGCGUCUCAAGGCUAUUAUAUUUGCAAAAGGAGGCUCAACGAAGUAUUGAUGUAAUAUCUCUGUUGGGGUGCCCAAAUUUAUGCACCUGUAUAGUUUUGUUAUGAUGCAUAUUGCGUAUUUUCUGUUAAUCCAAUAAACUUAAUGUUACUGCUGAAAUACUACUGUUUCCAUAAGGCAUGUCAUGUAUUAAAAGGAAGUUGCUACUUUGAAAGCUCCCCCAAUGAUAAACAAAAAUCUAAAGAAUUAAGAGGGGUUUCCAAACUUUUUCAUAUGACUGUAGUCUUAGCAGAAUGUCCCUCAUUUUUUUUAUUCACCACUUUUUCAUAUAGCCUAACAUUUUAUUUGCCUUUAAUAGAUCCUGUGCAUUGUUUACAUGAUGACAAUUUUGUGUCAGCAUGAACCCCUAUAUUUUUCUUCAGAAGUCGCUUCCUGUGUCUUCUAUCUUGUAUUAAUAAUUGACAUUCCUUUUACUCACAUGUAGCACUUUGCACUUUUCCACAUUAAACUUCAUUUUCCAAGUAUUCACCCAAUCCAAGUCUUUUUAAUUGUUUCUGCUGAUUCCUCAGUGCCUGCCAUUCCUAAAAUGUGUAUAAUUUGUGAAAUAAACUAUUUUAUUACUAACUAUACAUGAAUCCACAGUAUAUCAUUAAUAUAAAUCAGAAAAAGUAGUGGACACAGGGACUCCACUGAUGAUCUCUCUCCACAUAGAUAAUUCUCCUCUUAUCUAUACUCUUGUUUCAUGCCAGUUAACCAACUUG